AUGACGCCGUACACGAUGGGCGAGUUCGACCUGUCGCACAGGGUCGUGCUGGCGCCGCUCACGCGGCAGCGCGCCUACGGCGGCGUGCCGCAGCCGCACGCCGCCCUGUACUACUCCCAGCGCGCCUCCCCCGGCGGCCUCCUCAUCUCCGAGGCCACGCGGGUUUCCCCGCCGGCCUCGCGGCAGGAGGAGCCGGAGUCGUCCUUCGGGGACGUCCCCGGGAUCUGGACGCCGGAGCAGGUCGGGGCCUGGGCGCCCGUGGUGGACGCCGUGCACGCCAAGGGCGCCGUCUUCUUCUGCCAGCUCUGGCACGUCGCCGGCGAUGCUGCCCGGCAAAGGGAGCAGCAGGUGAGCCCACAGAUGAGCUUCGACGGCCGCCGCAAGGAGCUGACGUCCCCGAGGAGGGUGGCGCAGGGGGAGGCUCCCCGCGUCGUCGAUGGGUUCAGACGCGCCGCCCGGAACGCCGUCGACGCCGGUACGUGCGUCCGCGUGGGCCGGAAACCGUUGCUUCAGUUAGUACAGUAG